AUGGACUCUGCCGACUUUGAGAGUCAACUGAAGGACGUCUCCUCUCAUGAGAUUGAGAAUGUGAAUACCACCGAGGGUGUCUCGUUUACCACCGAAGAGGAAAGGGCUUUGGUGAGAAAGAUCGACCUUACCCUCCUGCCCACUAUCUGGGUCAUGUACCUCCUUUCCUACCUGGACAGAACAAAUAUCGGCAAUGCAAAGAUUUCUGGCAUGGAACUGGAUCUCAACUUGACAUCCAACCAAUACUCGAUUGCCCUGGUUGUUUUCUUCGUCGGAUAUGUGGUUUUCGAGGUGCCUAGCAAUCUUGCUCUGGGCAAAUCCCGACCAUCCAUUUUUCUCCCAUCAAUCAUGAUUCUCUGGGGUACAUUGACUUGCGUGAUGGCUGUUGUCAAAAGCUUCACCCAUCUGGUAGUUCUUCGAGUUAUACUUGGAUGUGUCGAGGCCGGCUUUGCCCCUGGUGUGAUACUUCUCCUGUCAUCAUGGUACAAGCAAACCGAGCAGUCGAAGAGGUUCGGUGUUUUUAUAUCGGCGGCCGUUCUAUCGGGCGCCUUUGGUGGCCUGAUUGCUGCCGGUAUUGUCGAUGGCCUUGAGGGUGUUCAUGGUAUUCGUGGUUGGCGAUGGCUGUUUAUUAUUGAAGGCGCUGCCACUAUCGGUUUCGCUAUCAUUUCCCUCUUUAUUCUUCCUGAUUUCCCCGCGACCUCACGACGUCUCUCCGAGCGCGAAAAGAAGAUCGCUGUCGCACGCCUUGCUCUUGAUAAUGUCACCGCUACCACCCAUGAUAGCGAGCAUCUAAGUAGCUUGGGUGCUUGUAGGGUGGCUUGCCAAGACCGUCGAACCUGGGCGUUCGUGAUUGGAUAUAUGGUCAUCGUCGGUUCGAGCACCCUCACUUACUUCUACCCUACCCUUGUAGAAGGACUCUUCGGAAGCGCAUCCACUAAAAAGAUUAACUUAUUGACUGUGCCAAUUUAUGGCGUGGCAUUCAUCGCCACCGGUGUCACAUCCUACUAUAGUGACCAAGUGCCAAAUUGGCGUGGCCUCAUUAUUGCCAGCUGGCUGACGUUUGCCCUGAUAUGUUCGAUUGUUGUCUGUACUGUGUAUAACUUCACGGCUCGGUACGUUCUCCUGAUUCUCAUGGCAUCCGGCCUUUGGGCCACUAAUGGAGGUACACUGGCCUAUGCCUCUUCUGCCUUUGCUGGGAUGCACCCCCAGGCCCGAGGUGUUGCUUUGGCUAUGGUGAAUGCGCUGGGUAAUUUAGCACAGAUCUACGGAUCACCCUAA